ACAGAUUGAUCACAUCCCAGUUAUUCAUGAAUUUCCAUCUCUGUCUCUUUUUCUUUGUUCUUUCUCAACAUUAGUAUUUCUCCUUUCCUUACUAUGAAAACAAACAUCAGUGUUCAUCUGAUUUUGCUUAUCGGUAUUGUUUUCGCCUUAAACUCAAUUGAAUUAGCUUUAACACUCAACAAAUUUGAAGAUUGUAAGCCUAAAGACUGCGGAAAUGGCUUGAAUAUCAGCUACCCAUUUUGGAUUAAAGAAGACUAUUGUGGUGAUCCAGGAUUUGAAGUCACUUGUAAGAACAAUGAACCCAUUUUAUACACAGCAGGAUAUGAUUAUAUAAUCCGGGAUAUACGUCCCAUCGAUAGAUCGUUUCGAGUAGAGAAUUCAGUUGCAUAUGGUUCCUGUCCUGUUCCUUUUAAAAAUUCUACAUUCAAUUCUACAUUCAAUUAUGAUCAAAGUCCCUUCAAAUCUGGUUCCCAAGUUCAGGAUCUUACGUUCUUUUACAAUUGCACCCAUUCCGAUAGCAAUUUGUUUGAGAAUUUCACAUAUCCAGUAAAUACUUCUUGUGUAACUUUACCUGAUCCUGACCUUUUCUCUUUUGCCGGUAUUGUUCCUAAUGGAAAAUCGAUUUAUGAUAAGUUGAAGUGCCAGUUUUCUGUUCAUGUACCUGUGGAAGUUGAGUUGAAUCAAACUGAAGGUCCGGUUAACGACUAUUUGCCGCUAUUGAAAAAAAGUUUCACUUUAGAAUGGGAUCAAACCCGAUGUGGUUGGUGCCAAGAAACGGGUGAAUCUUGUGGAUUAGAUGACAAUGAUCACCUAGUGUGUUUUGCACAAGGUCGUCCUAGUCGAGCUAUGAAGGUUGUUGUUCAAAUGUCAAUGGGCGCAGCUGCCCUUGUUGGUUUGGGGAUUGGUAUUGCUUUUUGCAUCUGGUUCAAAAAGAGGUGCACCUCAAGGAACUUCAAUGCAGAAAUAGAAAAUUGGGGUAUGUCGAUGGAAGAGGAAUUUCAGAAGGGAACAGGACCAAGGAGGUUUUCAUACAAGGAAUUAGUUGAUGCAACCAGUAACUUCGAUGACAGAGGAAAACUCGGGCAAGGAGGAUUUGGAGCUGUUUACAAGGGAUCCUUAAGUGAUAUGAAUGUUGCUGUUAAGAGGAUUUCGAAAGAAUCACAACAAGGAAAAAGAGAAUAUCAAUCGGAAGUAAGGAUCAUUAGCCGGUUACGACACAGAAAUUUGGUUCAACUGAUAGGCUGGUGCCACGAAAGAAAUGAAUUGCUUCUAGUUUACGAAUUCAUGCCGAAUAAAAGUCUAGAUAAACAUCUGUUUCAAGGGGAAAAUGUUCUCUCCUGGGAAGUUAGGUACAAAGUAGCUCUUGGGCUGGCUUCUGGAUUGUUGUACUUGCAUGAAGAAUGGGAACAAUGUGUGGUUCACAGAGAUAUUAAAUCAAGUAACAUUAUGUUGGAUUCAGAUUUUAACGCGAAACUUGGCGAUUUUGGUUUAGCCAGGCUUGUGGAUCACGGGAAAGGAUCACAAACAACUGCAAUAGCAGGAACAAGGGGUUACUUAGCACCCGAAUGUUUAAUUACAGGUAAAUUUAGUAAAGAAUCAGACAUUUACAGUUUCGGGAUUGUAGCACUUGAAAUUGCAAGCGGGAGGAAACCAGCCGAAAUUGGAAAGAUGGAUCUAGUCGAGUGGGUUUGGGGUCUUUACGGGAGUGAAAAACUCAUUGAAGCAGUUGACAAAAGGUUGAAAAUGAAGUUCGAUGAGUCAGAAAUGGUACACUUACUGAUUGCUGGAUUAUGGUGUGCUCAUCCUGAUUAUAAAUCAAGGCCUUCAAUCAGUGAAGUAAUUAAUGUUCUUAAAUUUGAAUCUCCACUGCCUAUGCUUCCGCUUGAGUUACCACCGGUGUAUCUUACUACAGCAGUACCAUCAGGGCCGCGUUCUCCGUCAUUAACUAGUCUUACCGAUACACUCACGGGUCGAUAGGUAUUAUUCUGGUGACUAUUAGCACUGUAUGUGAUAUCCUUUACCUUUCAUGUGUCUAUGCACUUGUCUUGCAAAGCAAUGUCUACAAAAUAAUGUUGUCUACUUUCAAAUGAUUGGGGAAAUAUCGAAUUUCAGAACUAUCAGAAAACCUAAACGGGCAGGCGAUUGUGAUGGAUCCUGUUGUUGGUCUGGGUGCUUUAU